UGUUUCCUUCACUCCUUAGAUCUCUUCAAACUGUUUGUCAACUCUGCUAACUUUCUCCAGCUGCGCCCUCUGUAAGGCAUGGAGAUGCUGAGUGCAGAUGAAGGCUUUUGCUGUCACUGCAAGGAAAGUCUGGGAACUGCAAGUGGAAGAAAAGCAAAGGGUGCCUUAGCGAACAUAAGGGAGAGAAGCCAAGACCUGGAGAUGCUCUGCUGCUCCUAUCCUUCUUUUGUUCUUGGCAAGCCCCAGCUCCUCUCUCUAUAUAUUCAAAGAAAAACAAUGAAAAGAAUAGCCCAGCAUUGCUAGUGUGGACUGGGAGUGUUGCUGGGAAGUUGUGGCUCUCAUCACUUGGUGCUUUGGGGCUGUAAGAAAAUAUUGAUGCUAAGGGCUGGUCCUGGGCCCUGUGGGCAGAGCCCCACAGCUCCCCAUGCUCUCUUGUUUUUCCAGCCUGAAGCAUAACAAUAGGGUUUUUGUAGCUGUAUGUGAUCUAUGGGCAUCAGCAGCCAUGGGAGCUGUGUUCCCUUCAUGCCCCAAGGGUUUGCAAAUCCCUGUCAACCAGAGCCUUGGGAAAUCCCCAAAGGAAAAGAGAAAAUGGGUGGUUUUGUAACGUUUUGGUGUCUUCAAAUCUGCAGAUUUGGUGGGAAGAAAUGGGAUUAUCAGGGCAUGGCUUCGUGUGCUCAGCCCCAUUGCCAGUCCCCCCUUUUCAGAUCUGUGUUAAACCAUGCAGGAUGGUGGGCUGGCUGGCUGGAAACCGGGUGAACUACCCCAAAAUGUUUUUUUCCCCCCUCCAUGGAAGCAGUCAAGGAUAAGUGAUUUUUCUUGGCAAUGGAACAGAAAUGCUUGGGAUGGGCUAAGAAAGGAAAACAUAGAGCUGAGACUUUGAGCUGCCUGCGGGAUCUGAAGCGUGCUGAAGUUUGGGAUAGGAUCAUAGAAUUGCUUAGAUUGGAAGGGAUCUUGAGGACAACCCAGUGCCACCCCUCCUGCUGUGGGCUGGUUGCCACCCACCAGAUCAUGCUGCCUAUGAUCCCAUCCAACCUGGCCUUGGGCAUGGCCAGGGAUGGGGCAUCCACAGCCUGGGAUGGAUGGGGAAACUUCCCCAAACCAUCACUUCUACCUCAAGGACACUGAUGGGAGAGGGGGGAGAGGGUUUAGAUCAAGCCAACUGAGGGCAGACUGCUUGGGGUUGUGGAUUUCCAAGUUUAGGCUGGGUGGGGAGGAAGGAAAGCUGCUUUUUAAGAAAGGCUUUUAAAAAUAAACUUCAAGCACCAGCAUUGUGCUGGGAUGCAGCUGCUGUGUGUUGCCACCGCUGUGUUAGCAGCAUCCCCUGGGUCUGCUUGUGCACAAUUCCUCUAAUCCUCCCUUGGAGCCCUUUGCCGUCCUGUGGCUGCUGGGAUUUAACUACAUGCCAUGUGAGAGAGCUUUUCCCCAAGCUGAUCUCACUGCCAAACAUAUCAUCAGACACCCCCCCAUCCCCCAGCCAACAAACCAGCUGCUUUUCCUGACAUUAUGGACUAUCGUGCCCCUACCCUAUGGGCUGAAUUAUAUGGUGGGUUGUUGAUUUCUUUCUAGGCAUUUCUCUUUAUUUUAACUAGCUUUCAGCCCACAACUUGAAUGGAUUUUUUUGGUGGUUUUUUUUUUUUCCUCCUGGUUCUCUCCAGCUCCUCCCAGUAAUCUCAGUGAGCUCUGGCUGGGAAAGCUGUGCCUUGGUAUCCAUCUCCAUCACUUUGCCACCCUCCUCUUCGUUGUGGAUCAGACUCUUUCUCAUCAAGCACUUUCUAGGUGACAACGAAGGAUUUCCAUGAAGAUUUGACCAUCUUGAGAACCUCCCGAAGAGCAGAAUUUCCUGGGGGGAAGGGAGAACGAGGGGAAAGAGGAGCGUCUCAGAGCAUCCCGCAGCAGCGUGCCAUGCCUAUUGCUCGCCCCACCGGCCGCAUCCCCGAAGCUGCUUGGACUUCUGGCAUCAGAGAGCUGACAGAGCCCUGGAAAGGUGCCUUGGGUUGCCUCGGCGUGGCCGUAUUCUUCGCUAUGACCAUCGGCAUCAUCUCCUGGCAGGCUUUGGAGCAGCCCCUGGAGGAAUGGAUGCUGCGAGGCCAGACAAGCGGGAUGCUGUGGGAUCGCCGCCGCGGUGCCCUGCUCCUGCGGGCGCUGCCGAUGGGGCGGCCGCUGGUGUCCAUCACAGUGGGUAGCGUGCCGGCUUCAGAGCCGCCUCUGCCACGGGAUCGGUGCUGGCAGGACAGCACGGAGUUCUGCUACACGUGGGAGGAGGAGGCUGAGCUCCGCAUCUCGAUCCAACCCACCCCGGCCCCUGGCACUGAGUGCUAUAGUGUCCACUGGACGCCGCUGCGCCCCGAUAUUACGAUGAAGGAUUGCUUCUCCAUGGCCAAUGUCUCAUGGUAUGGAGGUGCAAGCCUCCGUGCCCAACACUGGCCCUUCAACAGUGCUGAGAGCCCAGAGCAGCCCUUUGUCAGUGGAGAUUUCAGCAAAAACCCCACUGGGUAUGGCCCUGUGCUGGAGAGAUACUUCUUAGGGUCAACAGGAGUAACAGUGACAGUGGCACCUGACGUGCCCCUGGUCCUCUCUCUGGAGAGCCAUUGGCAUUUCUGCCUGGGAGGAGCUGGAGGCCCCCUGCACUAUGUCCUCUGCUUCAGCCCCGAUAUCACAACUGCACACCGGCAUGUGGGCACCCAGCUGGCAGGGCCAGCACGAGCACUGCCUGAUACAACACUGCUGUGGUCUCCUAUCUGGCAGUAUGAUGGUCCAGAGGGUUCUGCUGCCAAAAUUAAGCGGGGUCUGAGGUCGCUGGCCAAGAGACUGAAGCGGCAUCGCAUGCAGGAGGGGGUUCUGGCCCUGAGGGAGCAUGGCACAGCCACACUUGCCACCACGGACCAUGUGCCUGCAGAGAGGAGGAAGAGGCAUGGUGCAUCCCAUGCCUGGGACCCGGCAAUGAUCUUCCCACUGCAGCUCUCCAUCACUCUGUCCCCCUACAUCAGCAUUGCUGCCCCGCUCUUCCUGCACUUGCUGAGGGAUGGUGAGACCGGCUACUGGCUGAGCCUGCAGCCCCGCUAUGGGGGCUGCUCGGUCCCAUUGCUGACAACAUGGAAGGGACAGCUUUGUGCACGCCUGAACAUCACCAAUGAGGCAGCACUGAGCUGGUACUUGUCCCAUGCCCGUGGCCUGAGGCACAAGUUGGGUGCCAAGUACGUGAUCUUUGAGGGUGCUGAGGGCAAUGCCUUCCUGGAGCAAGCAAUGUCUCCUCCUGCUGAGCUGGCUGGUGACCAAUAUGCUGAGAUGCUGGCAGCAGCACUAGUGACACUGGGGAAUGCCACUGUCAUCAGCGUCGGUGCCAGAUCUAGUCACCUACCAUUCUUUGUCCAGAUGAGCCCGCUGCAUUCAGACUGGAGCUACGCUGGACUGAAGGGAUUAAUUCCCUCCACGCUGCACUACAGCCUUUUGGGCUACAAUUUCUUCAUCCCUGAUACAGUAGGAGGCAGCUUGGCUGGUGACACCCCAGGGGACCAGGAGCUGUAUGUGAGGUGGUUGCAGAUUGUGACGUUCCUCCCUGUGAUGGCCUUUGGCACACCACCCUGGCUCUGCUGUGACUCCUGGGUCCUGAAUCUUACCCGGCAAUGCAUACAGAAGCACAGGGACUUUGUGGUGCCACUCAUCAUAAAAUACAGCAAGGAAUGGCUUAGUUCAGGGUACCCAAUCUUCCGCCCAGCGUGGUGGCUCAGUCCCACGGACCCGACCGCUUUCACCGUUGAAGACGAAUUUCUCAUUGGAGAUGAGGUUCUGGUGGCUCCAAUAACAGAAAAAGGGCAAACGUGGCGAGAUAUCUACCUGCCUGGAGAAGGAUGUCGGUGGCGGGACACCAACAGUGCUCGUGUGUUUGAUGGAGGCACUGUCAUCAGGAACUACUCUGUCAGCCUUGAAGAGGUGCCAGUUUUUUUAAAGAUCUCCUAAAUUCAGACUGAGUCUGAAGCAGCUGAUCUCCUUCAGAGAUACUAUUGAUGUGCAUGGACACCACGUGCUAAAUGCUACCUGUUUCUCUCAUCUGAUGUUGCAAAUGGGACUCCAAAAGAAUUUUUGGUGGUGAGUGAGUGACCUGGAUGACAAUUGUUAACUUUGGGAAUUUCAGUGGGUUUCUCUUGAAGAGCAACUCGGUCAAGCAAAGUAGUGUCACUAAUAGAGCCUGAAGUGGAUGGACAGGAUGGCUGCUCACCUUGGGAUAAAGAAUCCAGGACUCAGCAUCCCAUGCAUUACCUACAAGGCCAACUCCAGCAUGCCUGAGCCACUACUCUUCACUACUUGUCGAAUUUUAUGCUUUUUCCCAAUUAUUUCUUGAGGUGCCAGUCGGAACCAUUGAGACCAGCCUGACCAGUGGAAGGAUGCAGCUGUGUGGAGCCAGGAGUUGGACUUAAUGAUCCUUACAGGUCCCUUCCAACUCAGGAUAUUCUGUGAUCUUCAUGGGCAAAGUAGAUGUUAGGAAUUUUGAAUGAGCACUGAAGUGCUCAUAACUAUAUGUUAGCUCUUCAGCAAUAUCUCAAGGUACAGAUUAGCACGUUGUCGGAUAGGGAGAAGGUUUUGGAGGCUUGAUGUUAACAAAUAGAUCAUGUUCUGUGGGGAAACUAAAGGCCCUGCUUUGAUUUACUCACUUUGUUUGAAACAAAAUCCAGCAAGCUGGAUCCUUGUUUAGGAUAAAGCCCUAAAUCCUGCUGGCUUCAGAUGGAUACAAAACGUGGAGCACAGGUCUCUCUGCACAGAUUAAACCAUUGCAAAUCCCAACGGUGCUGGCGUCUUUCUCCAGACCUUCCACAAGCUCAGACUGAAAGCUCAAUUGAUAGCUUUUGCUGUUCUUGGCCUCAAAAAUAAUCACUAACUUGAAUGCCGGCCAAGUGACUGGCUGAAGAUUAAAAUAAUAGCAAUAAAUAAAAAGCUCACGCAUGAUGCAUGUAUAGGAAAUUGCACAACACCAUGUGAUGUAAAAAAGCCUCCAGCAGCCAAUUUGUUUCUGUCUGUUUAUAGGGUAGGCCUUGUUUCUAGAGAAAACUUUGCAUAAUUUGGGUUUCCUCCUCUGUGAUGCUGCUGCAUUACGACGGGUGCUGUCACAUCAUUGCCAGCUAAGAUCAUAUUGCUAAUGCAUUUCUACCUUAUGAGCAAUUGGAUAUUAAAGACUGUAUAUGGAGUCAC